AUGGCGGAUAGCAUAAAGUCUGUCCUCGGUGCGACAGCUGGCUGGGGCUUCAUAGGAGUCUUGUUUGGUUCUCUGUUUUUGGGUGUCUCUUGCGCACAGACUCUAUACUAUUGUUCAACGAGACGGCUGGAGAUUGAGGUCAUUUCUCGCACAGCAAUACCCGCGGCGGCUCAGUACGUCCUUGGGGUAGGCCGUUUAUUGGAGACAAGUGGUAUCGGUACCCUGCGAUCAUUUUCAUGGUACGACAUCUCUACGAAAGCACGUAGUCUGCUGAACAUGCUUGAAGGCCACUUUGUCGCUUCUAUCGCUUUCCAGGAUGAUAGUCUCGCUCUUUCGUUCAUGCACCGAGGAUCCUCCAGGAAAGCGAGUGACCCUAUCGCUCAGGCUAUUGGUGCAUCAAAUCCUCGUAAAUGUCUUGCCAUCCCGCCUGUGGCGAACAGCACGGAAGAGUUGAUGGAACUUGACAUGUCAUCUCCCUCGCGGCCUUUGCGCGAGCCUUUCUUAUGCGUCUGA